CAACACUACUAUAUAACAAAUAAUUUGAGCCAUGGCAUUCUUCUCCGAGGAAUCAUUGAGGAAUGGUUUCGAGAGUUGCAAAAGGAACCUGACCAUAAUUACCAAGUUUUCUACAUUCUUCACUAUAUUUGUGUUGGUGGGAGUAAGUCUCGGUAUGUUGUCAAACAAACACUACCCUCUUCUGGCAUCAUACGCUCUGUUAGUAGCUAUAGGAAUGUUGGUAGUAGAGCUGGGAUUACCAAUAGUAGCCAGAAUUGACACUUCACAGCAAGAAAACAUGAGCUGGUGGAAGGAGAGAUGUGGUGCGCUUAACGAACUUCUCACCCCUCUCAAGAAGUGUGUGAUAUACGCUGUAGUGGGCCUCCCUCUCUUUAUCCACAUGUCAGUAGCAAUGAUGGGUGCCAUCCUCCUCCUCAUUACCGCUCUCUUCUUAGCCGGACAGGUGAAGUACGACGACUCUACAGUAACAGGAGACUACUCAAACUUAAUGCAAGAUGACGAUGUUGGUCCUAUCAGUGGUAUCAAUUCAGGGGAUAUUGUUAUACCCGUACCCGGCUCAGGUUCCGCCUCUGCUAAUAUCGAUAUGGUACCGGAUAUCUCGGAGGGAAAUACCAUGUCGAAGUCUGAGACAGGGUGGGAUAUGAUGAAAGAUGAUGUGAAUGAUGACAACCUUCUCCUCGGCUAAGCGUUCUCACGGACCAUCAACACGUGUCAACUGGGUACACGUGCAACUGCGCGCCAGACACGUGUCAACUGGGCACCAAACAGGUGUAACUGCGCACCAAACACGUGCAAUCUACUACCUGUCAGGCAUUAUAUUAUUAGCGACAUUGCUUCAUUCGUGAAUCGUGAUCUGCUAUAACGAGACGAUAUCUUAUUAUUGUUGUCGAACUGCUCACUAUCUUAAACAUAUAUUUUUAUGGCUGAUCGUAUUAUAUCGUUUGGUAACCGUUUUGACAUUGACAAUAUAUUAUAUAAUAUGUUCCAGAGUAUUUGAGGUUGGGCUGCAUUGGACAUCAUCAGUAUUCUCUAAUGAUGAGGGUGUAUUUUUCUAACAGUUUUUCUUAAUUCAUAUUAUCUUUUUAUCAACCAAGGGGGGAAAUUUAUCAAAAUUCGUGGGUCGAAUUAAAUGGAUUUAACUGAGAAUAGGGGAGCUCAGAUCAUUAAAAAUAUCAAAGAUAUUAUUUAAAAAAGUAUAAUAAUAGCAGUAUCUCAUGGGGAGCUAAUUACUUGGGGACCAGCGAAGAGAACUUUGGCUCCACACUGUAGUUUCGGGGCCGCAGCAUUCAGUAACACGACAAAUAGUGCAUUGCCAUAAUUUUAACUGUUACAAAAUGUUAAGAAAAAAUUAUGUUACUGUAUUUUUAAAGCGUAGGUUGUUUUUUGUUUGUUUUAUAAGCACGCAGUUCCAUUAUAUAAUAGAUGCAUGUUAAUGCACGUGUGUAUACUUAAUAAUACGAUAGAUGCAACUUAGUGCAACUUAGUUAGGUUAGACAACUGUUAACAUCAAGGAUUCAGAUCUAAAGCUUUCGCUUUAUUUUCUGGAAGAUACGGUUUUUUAUAUUAAAAAGAACUUUGUACGAUUUAGAAUUUUAAUGGUUUCAUUGUUACAAACCUGUAAUGUGAACAUAAUUGACGACGUUAAGGGACCGCGAUUGUUUAAAUUUAGAUUUACUUUGUUUGUGGACUAUGUUUAAUAAUGAUCGUGUAUCAUAAUCAACGAGUAAUAUUUAACCAACAA